AUGGCCGCCGGCCGCAGCGGGAGGGAGCCGCCGGACGCGCUGCAGAACCGCUUCCACGCCGAGCGGGCCAAGAAGGAGCGCCGCUGGCAGCUGCUCUUCACGCAGUACACCGUGAACCCCGUCCGUCCCAUUCACAUGGUCGCUAGGAAGCCAAUGUCUUGGCAUGAGAACAUACAAGAGCCGAUAAAUGAUGAAUUCCUGAAUCUUCUUCACCGUGCAGCAGAGGUGCCAAGAGAGAAAUACUCAGAGCCACAAACUGAAAGCCAAGAAAUUGGCUGGCAUACAACACCUUUGGUUCCUUUUGACCGCACUGAUAUCAGAUUCUACUUCCCACGCCAGAAAACUGAGAUUACCAUCCAUGGCUACCCUGCACCACGGGGAGACAAGUCUAAGGACUAGGACAGGGGGAAAGCCACAGAUAGAAUCUUAAUGACAUGGAAUGUGUUAGGCUCUGCUCGUUAUCUAGCAAGUCUGGCAGAUUUCUAGUGAGAGACAAUAGAAAAGAGAAAACUUUAAUCUGUGCAGACUUGCAACCUGACAACGGUGACACAAAUAAACCUAUCUGUAAGGCUCUG